GUUUUAGCCACUAAAACGGUGCCGUAGAACAACGGUGCUGCGGGCUGCUGGUCUUCCUCCUAGGUGCAUGAUUACGUUUACCUGGAGUGGAAGUACGCAUACAAUGAGUAGUUCAUCGCCGGCACAUUCAUCAAUAUCAACGACGGCGAUUGCCGGUGGCGGAGGAGCCGGUGGCAGUAAUUCAACUCUUUCUGCUGACGAUUUCCAUUUCCCGUGUGAUCCUUUAUCAACGUACGAGCGAAAGGACGAGGCCAUGUUAGUUCUAAAAAAAGAUCUCAUGGCUGCGCUUGACAAGGAGGUGAAAUCCUUGGAUGAGGAUAACUGGAAGUUUGAAGGUCCUCGUUCUCGGAUCCACCUUGUUUCAAGGGGAGGAGGGGGUUUUCUUCGCAAGCCCUCAGGCAUCUUAGAAUUGGAAUUGACUCAACCAGAACAAUAAGAAUUCUCUGACCUCAAGGAUCCAGAUUAUUAUGAUGUGCGGUGGUUUUUAUUUGUCAAAGAGUCCAACUAUUUUAUGUGAGACUCAGUUACAUCCAGCUGCAUAAUUCCCUUGCGUUCAUGAGAAUUGGACGCCAUAUAUGUAGUUAUUUAUGGUUAAAAUAUGGUAAAGCAUAUAUUUUUGGGUUUUACGGUGUUACCUAGAUGUUACUCGAAGCUGACCCUGUACUAUGUUUGUGGUGACAUGUUUGUUUAACGCCAAUGGAUGGGUGUUUAUGUUUGCUAAUGAGAUGAUCUUGGUCCUAUCA